AGUGUAUGCAGGGAUUCGGGUGUAUCGAUGGGUAGGGAUUAAGCGAGACUUGCGGGGCCAUCGUCAUCUCGCCAGCAAAGACGUAAACGCAGGACAACACCAUGAACAUCACGCCGGUCUUCAACCAGGUGCUGGCAAGCCACAAUGCGCAGCCUGUGGAGCCUUAUGUCUUCCGGGUGGAGAACUUGGACGAGUUCCUGAAGGAAGCAUACCGUAUUCGCAGACAUAUCACAAAGCUACACACUGACCUCAAGUCGAUACGGCAAAGCUAUCUUUCGACUGCACCACCGCCUCGGCGCAAGCAAUUUGCGCGCGCAAACAAUGCUGCGGAUAAAGAUUCGAAGUACCUCACGGAUGCGCAACGCAACGAGAUCGAUGCACAGGCAAAGCAGUCGCUGCGGGAGCUAAAUCAUGCGAUCAAUGUCCUUCGAGAGGCCGAAGGGAUACGACAGAGUACGGUGUCGCAAGUGGCUAUACGAAAGCGCGCGAAGCAGGGCCUGGGUGCACUAGGACGAUGGGCAGCAGGAGGUGCGAUAACGGCAAAGAGCACAGAAGAGGAACUCGAGGAGGCCAAGGCGAAUACGAUCAAAGCACACAGGGAGAGCAUUGUUUGGUCCCUACAAAAUGCGUUGGAGCAGUGCGGGCAGUUUCAGAGCUCCAUGAUGGAAAUACGACUUAUGAGGGAGGUGGAAAAGAGCAAGAGUGUGCUCUAUAAGACGAGAGCCACCAUGCCAUCCAGCGAAUAUGGCGGCACAAAGGGUGGAAGCAGUGCGGACGGAGCCUCGAAGGAUUAUCGUGGGACGACGUCGCAUGGACAGGACGAAUCGAGUGCUGCCAUCGAGCAGCAACUCGACCCCGAGCAACUCCAGCUAUUUGCGCAAGAGAACCAAGAUAUGCUCAAGCAGUACGAAGAUCAGCUGGAUAAAGUCCGGGCUGCGGAGAAAUCGCUCGUGGAGGUCUCAGAGCUGCAGUCAACGCUUGCAAGUAAUCUCGAGAUGCAGUCUGCGCACAUCGAACAGCUCGUGGAAGAUUCAUUCAAUACCACGGAUAACGUCGGGAGCGGGAACAAGGAGCUCAAGCGGGCAACGGAGAGAAGGAGCACCGCGCAGAUGGUCUUCUACGGCACGUCUGCCUUUUGCACAGUGCUUGUCCUGUGGGACUUUUUCAUAUGACACGGGAUUUGA